AUGGGUUUCUCAGCUGUCAUUCUCGCCGUUGGCCUUCUAGUGGGGUUGCUUCUUCCUGGAAGCUCCAGCGCCAGCGUCAUCAUUUCAGCGCCGAAUCCUUCAACUCACGACUAUAAGGUGGCGGUUGCUCACUUCCCUCUCGUUGACAUUACGCGCAAAGAUGUCUACGCUGCGACUGAGGACAGAAAGCUCAUGGUCAGCUUGUUCAUGCCGGUACACAAGAGUGUCUGCAUGACUGAGUGCGAGAAGGCAUAUAUGCCACCUGACACUGCGCGCGUCUCAAACGCACAGUUCUUCGAGCACAGUGACGCUGGUGUCUUCGAGCAGAUGGCAUAUAUGGCAUGCUGUGGAGGAAAUACAGAGAGUAUCAACGCCUCCAAGUACCCAGUCGUCAUUCUCGAGCCUCAGGUUGGGACUAGUAGGUUGCUAUAUACUACUCUCGCGCGGUUCAUGAGCGCAAAUGGAGUAGCCGUCGUCCUCGUCGACCACCCUCACGACUCCUCCAUCGUCGAGUUCAUGAAAGCACGCGACAAGCCAACGAUCUACAACAACGGCACCAUCCCACUCAGUCCCUUCGAGGCGAUGAAAUCUUGGAACGCUACCAUAACGCAGGCAAUGGAAACAAGAACUCAAGACAUAAACUUCGUCCUCCAACAACUCACCACUCUCGCUCUGCCAGACCGAUUCCCAGGCCUAAACUUCACCUCCGCACUCAACACACAGUCUUAUGCCAUCGUCGGCCACGGCCUAGGCGGCACCGUAGCAACAACUCUUAACGUCCUCGACCCGCGCGUUCGCUUGUCAAUCAACCUCUCCGGCACAGCGCCACUGCUUCAGCACCCCAGCGCCGCACAAAUCUACUUCUUCGGCCGUGCCGCCUUCACACGCGACGACGACAUCCACUGGCCCACCACAUGGCCGUAUCUCACCGGCCGAGCCACAGAAUUCGACCUCAAAGACGCUGGCAUUUUCGACUACUCCGACUUGCCGUGGCUGGUGGAUUUCGCACGCAAGGAGGGCGGCAUGCCGGAUCUGGUGAAUGCACGGGGGUUGGGCAGCCUCGGGCCGUGGGGGUUCCAUGCUAUGGCGUGCUUUGUGGAGGGUGUGCUGAGAGUGGAGUUUCUGGCGGAUUGGACGGCGGUGAGUAGGUGUUUUGGGUUCUUUCAGCAGAUGGUGCCGUAUGCGCUGCAGAGGGGUGGUGCGUGA